AUGGACCCGGCGACGGUCUCUCGAGAUGUGAAAGAGCCUUCCGAUGUCGUGCUCCUCGCCUCAACCAACCCCGCCGCCAACGCACAAUUGCAUGAGGCGCUAGCCCGUGGUCAAGCCGUCCGGAGCUACGCGGCAGUCCACUUCCAGGGCUCGGCUCCACUUUUUGGCGACAUCAGAAGCGUUCCGGCUGCCGUCUCGCCCCUGCCAAAUGCUGGGGGCGUGCGAGGAGGGCGCCCGUCCUAUGCAGCCAAGCAGGGGGGCACGGACUUUAUGUUCGACUAUGGGUUUGCCUUCAGUCUGCGGCCUGCUGGAGCUUUUGCUCGAGGCGGACUUGGAUCGACGUGCAUCGGGCGCAUUUGUGGCGGAAAGGGGGCGGUCUACGCAAGGGGAAGUGAGCCGUUCAUCUGGGAGAGGAAACGGAACCGGGGUGGGGCACUGGUCUGCCGAGGGGAGGAGGCGAGUGAGGGCGGCCAUCAGUUCUUUGUUCAAAGACGGGAUCUCGACCCGUGUCUGCACUGUCGCGUUGAGCCCAAGGGGGAUGCUCCAGCGAGGCGCGGUGUCAAGCGAGCCCUUGAGGAAGAACCAAACCCACGAGAACUCGGCCCGAUGGCAAUCCUGUCAGAGAUGGGCCGGAGCAGAAUCCCUCCAAUGGCUGUUGCUCCCGGCCUAUUCCUCGUCCCACAGCUCGACGCCUGUAGUGGGCGCCUUCUAGACAUCUCGACGACAAAUCGGGGCCUCGUCAAUGUGCCUCGACUUGUCAAGGUUGACCACAUGGGCAGCUUCCAGUGUCUAUGCGGCCAGAGGGGGUGCCGGGAUCACGAAAUGGCGUUUUUGGAAGAGACACGGCGCAUGAGCGGCUGGUGGCACGGCGGGGAGGCCAUCUUCACGGCCUUUGACGAAAGCCGCCCGUUUGUGCGGGAGGUCACGAGCGGCGUGCCGUGGUUGUUGCCACUGAACCACAGAGGGUGCGUGGGGAAUGUGUUGCACGGGCCAGAUGCGGAGGCGUGGAGGGGUGGGCCACAGCUUCGGGUCUUUGUCAUGAGCAGUCCCGGAGAGACACCGGUGGUUUGCACGCUCGAAGGCACCAGCACGCACUGCAGCGGCAUCGAGUGUGCGGGGCAGGAGAGGUGUCAACACCUGUCGAGGGUGUGCUCGAAGCAAUCCUUGCCCCAGAGCGAGCCCUCAGCCAACGGGGCGAUGCGACCCCUUGCUGAUCGGCGGGCAGAAAGGGUCGAGCAGCGGGAAGCCGGUGCCAGGAGGCUCAUGGUCUGCAACGACCCCCUUUGUCGGCGGCCGGACUCGAAGGUCGAGUGCACACACCAAAAGACGUCCGAGCCCUGGGAGUGCCUGCCGGCGGCGGCGCUUGACAUGGGCCACAGCCACAAGAAGAUUGACACGAUCAUGAGUAGAGGUGGGGCGAGUGUCACGAGCCUCUGCGAGCGCUGGGGCGAGGAGGGCGUGCAACGGAGGGACAAGGCGAAGCACUUCUGUGCACCUCGACCCUUGGACCCGCUCUCUCCCUGCGGCCGCCCAUGGCAGGUGGAGAUCAGAAAGGCUGCCCUGACGACGGCGGGGGCACGCUACGAGGUUACUACCUAUCGGAGGGUCUGCCGGAUUGCUCCGGGACGAGAGGCGGCAUGCUGCUCGGUUGCUUACGACGGCCAGGAGGACGGCAUCUUCAACUUCUCCGGCACGACGCUCCUCUCGCACGGCCUCCUCCUGCGCAACCACUUUGCGGCGGCCCUAGGGGCAGCCCACAGCCUCAACUUUGAGGCCGGCGACAUGGCCGCGAGAUGCCUGGAGGGGCUCGGAGUCCCUAGGCUAGACGAUCGGGUGUUCGACUCGGCCAUGCAAGCCUUCAACGACCUGGCGGCACGCGCACGGAUCCAGCACGUGUGCUCGCGCUCCAAUUGCGCGCACCUGUACACGAGCGAGGUGGAGGCGGCCGAGGCGGAGGCGCAUGCAUCUGGCGUCCCUCUGAAGGCGGAGCGAACGGAGGGGUUGACCUCGGAUUUGGCAACGUACGCGUUUGGGCGAGACAAGGUCAUCACCUUUGACGGCACCUUCUUUGCCAACGCAAGCGCCAUGCGAGACUCGACCACGGAAGUGUCGCUGCAUAGCAUAUGCGAGCCGGAUCCGGGGGCGCCCAGGGUUGCUGGCGGCUUCACUUCACUGAGCGUGGGCGGGGUGCGGCCCUCACAGGGCGGAAGCCGAGCGCCUUUGGACGUGGCGCCAGAGGGGAUCGACUGCCCUUGGAAGUACCGAAACGGACUUUCUGAGUUGCGGCCGGCCGUGCGAUCACUCGUGCAGAGGUGGUGCAACUUCCGAAAAGCUGCGGCCCAAGGGAGCAACGCGCCUUUAAAGCCGGAGGAAUUUGUCAUGAUGCGAGAAGGGCUGCCGGCAAAUGUCGUUGCCCUGAUCGACUUCGUGACGGAGGCGGAGGCGUGCGCCGACCCUGCCACGUGUGCCGUCUGCCAGGCGGUUCCGAGGCGGCCUUGGAUGCAAGGGUUUCUCAAAGAGGGGCCGGUGGGGCCAACCGGUUGGUGCCCAACCCACUUCCAACCAUACGGAGCCCUGCUCCAUACCCUGCUCAUUCCGAGGUACUCCUGGGUGUUUGGGCGCAUCGUCACCCUCAAGCUGUUGCGCCACUUGCUAUUGGAGGGGCCCCUCGACGCGCGAGGCAUGGCAUACCUCUCCAACGACGGCCCCAUGCUGGCGGCCGUUCUGCGCCUCCAUCCCACGGCAGAAGGGUUGCACGCAUUCCCUAGGACGUUGCGGCCACUCGUGCGGGACAUCUACGCCACGAACCUCCUGUGCUUUGAGCCCAGUGCGAACCGGCCCAGCUCGCACAAUUCGCGGUCGCCUCUGGCUGCCCUCCAUGACGCGACCGAACACCUGUGGACGAUCGAAGGGGAAAGGCUGAGGCUCAUGGGCCAAGUGGAGGCGGCCGCGAUGGAGUACGCGGAGCAAAGGGGGGCAGUUCUAAAGUGGGCCGCCAAUUCGGUCCUCUUCGAGCUCGAGGUCCGCGAGCCCUCAUGCUACGAAGAGGGCGGGUUCCUUCGAGCGCCGUCAACACUCUGCGCGGAGCGGGUUGCCGCCGUUUCGGCGUACGCGUUCCACCCUUUGCUGUACGGGCGGCCGCGAUUCGUGGACUGGGAAGACGAGGCGGGCCGUGGAAAGAAGGGGUCGGAGGAGCGUCUAACUCAACACUGCAGCGCCCCCAACCCACGAUCAUUCAAGGGGCGGGCCGGGAUCUUCAUCGCAUGCUGCCAAGAUCGGGCGCCCCUCGGGUACCAUUGGCUCAAGGGCGGCGAGUCGGUCUUGGACCUCGGGACAAUUCUCCUGACCCGGUUUCCCUUCAAGACGCUGCGGGGCAUGACUGUCGUGGAGGACGCUUCGUGCAACGCGCAAGAGUGGAUGCUGAACCGGGUACCGCAACUGGCAAAGUUCAUUCUGUUUGUCGUUGACCGCUUCCAUUCGGGGCCCAUCAGCUGCGCGCCAUCGGGAGCAAAGCGCUACGCUACGCACACGUGUGCUCCGACACUUUUCAUCGACACUUUCCCGCAACAUGAGCGGACAAUCACGACAGCCUCGGAGGGCAUCAAUUCGGGGUUGAAGAGG